AUGCGAACAGAGGGUAUCACACUAGACCAAGCAAACCCUUCGUGGCUCUUCCCCGUCAUUGCCGAUAUCGUUGCCUCCACAUCUGGAGCCAUCGUAGCCAAUGUUCUUCCCAACGACCAACACGCCAUAUGGACCGUCAUUACAAGCUAUAUCCUCUGGGGAACUAGUGUACCAAUGGCGAUCGUCAUUCUCGCCAUGUACUACCAUCGUCUUAUGAUUCACGACAUCCUCCCUGGCCAAGUUGCUGUCGCAUCGUUCAUCGCCAUUGGCCCUCUUGGUAUGGGCGCAGCAGCAAUCCAACUCCUCGGCCAAGUCUCUCUCAAACUCUUUGCAAGAAACGACUUCAUCCCCAAGGCUCCCAUCGCGGGUCAAUUCUUCUACCUGACUGGCAUUCUCACUGCUCUCAUCUUAUGGGGGUUCGCUGUUGUGUGGCUCUUCUUUGCUCUCGCCACAAUCAUCAGACGUCGAAUCACCUUUAACCUCACUUGGUGGGCUUUUACUUUCCCUCUUGGGGUGUUUACAGUUGCGACCACGACGCUUGCUCAGGAGCUUCCGUCGAAGUUCUUCAAAGUGCUGGGAACAAUAUUCUCUGUUGCCGAGUUCUUGUUGUGGGUUAUGGUGGCGUGUGGGACUAUCAAGGCGAGUCUGAACGGCCAGCUGUUCCAACCUCCACCGCUAGAAGCGUGGGAGAAGAAAGCGAAAGAAGUUGAAGAGACCGAAAAGACCGAAAAGACCGAAAAGACCGAAAAGACCAAGGAUUCACCAGUCUAG